ACCCCUUCCCCCCUGAAGAGCUUUUCAAAAUCUGAAAGGAGAGGCAGCAGGAUGCAGAAGGCAUUUUAGCCGUACUGAACCAGAACAAACCGUUUUGACAACGAAAUAAAAAAUGAAAGUAGGCCAACCGUGACACGCAACCCCAAAACAAGACGUUUAAUCAUCAAGUUUCGUUAUGUUUUUUUAUUUAGAAAAAAUACCAAAGACGGAACGUUGUUGGGAAACUUUGUAGCGGGCUCCCUAAAACACCAGAGAGGAGGAAUAGGCAUCCUCCGAGUCAGUGGAGUUGCUGUGGGGCAGGGUGCUGUCCUAUGGGAUGGAUGACGGCCAGCAGGAUCAGUACGAGGAGCGUCUGAAGGAGGUAUUUGAGACUUUUGACACCAGUGGAGCCGGGUUGCUGUGCCCCGAGGAGCUAUCCAGCCUGUGCCAGGCCCUGCACCUGGAGGAUGCCACCCCAACACUGCUACAUGCCCUGCUGCAGAACCAGGACCCACUCACUUACAGGGUUGAUUUUGACCAGUUCAAGAAUGCUUUAAUUCUGGUGUUGUCAACGACGACAGCAGUAGCAACGUCCAGUCAGGAGACAUGUGCACCGCCACAGCCGGACUCACCAGUCCAAGCUAAGUUUGUGCGGGGUAGUAAACGCUAUGGCCGGCGCUCUACACCAGAGUUCAUCGAGACCAUCGCAGACUUCUCAGAGGUGGUGAGCUCAGAGUCUACAGGGCAGCAGGAGCCAGAGGACCAUGACUCCACCGUACCGAGGAAACGUGAGCGCUGGAACGCUCAUGAAAGCAGUACGGACGAGUACGAGGCAGAUGGCCAGCUGCACCUGUGGAACCCUGAUGACCCCUCCACCCCGCGGGGCUCCACAGUGCCCCUGUCAGAUCGCCUGGAGGAGAGGUUACGACAGGCCUGUGAGGAGCUGGCUAUACCCUGGGAUGGAUGUGCCAGCCACCAUGAGCUACUGGCUCUCUGUGACCACCUGGGCCUGGAGGAGACUGAAGAUGUCCUCCAGGUUCUAAGUGGUGAUGAGGUCAUGAGCGUUCAGGCGUUUACUUCCUGGGUUCUGAACCAAGCAAAGCCCCCCACCCCGUCUGCCUCCACACCUUACAGACAGCUGAAAAGACUACACUCCUCACAGCCGUUUGAUGAGACGGGCCGUAGGACCAGCUGUAUGACCAGCUCCAUCAGGAUGUGUCUGUUCUCCACUCUGGACGAUGGGACAGGGUCCACUCCUGCCGAGGAUGUCCUGGAUGCCUGGAUGGAGGAAGGCAUCGAGAACAGCCCUGAGAUACUGCAGGCCUUGGAUUUUGACCUGGAGGGAAAAGUGAACCUCAGGGAGCUGACUGUGGCUCUGGAGAACGAGCUCCUCGUCACUAAGAAUGGGAUCCACCAGGCUGCACUGGCCAGCUUCAAGGCUGAGAUCAGAUACCUACUGUGACCAACCGUGACCCCCCACUCACGUGUUGAUCAUGAACGCAGAGAGAAAGAGAAGAUUCGCUCUGACCUGGACAAAGCCGACAAGUUAAAAACCCAACUGGCUGCCGAGGUGGACGAGCAUCACUCUGCCAUCGAACGCAUGAAUGACCUCAACCUCAGGAAGCUGGAGCAGGAACACAGGGAGAAGCUGGUGUCUGUCAGGUCAGAGCUCAUUAUAGAGAUGGACCAGAUUCAGCAGCAGAAAGAGAAACUGGAGGCAGAGAUGGAGAAGAUCAGAGACGACGAGACCUUCCUCAGAGACCACCUCUCACUCACUGUCAAGGAAAGUAGGUGUCUGGAGAUGGAGCUGCUGGUCAGCACUGAGAAACUGUUGGCGGCAGAAAGCCAAGUCCGCGAACUGCAGAAUAACCUGGAUAACAUCCUGAAGGAGAAGUUUGGGGACCUGGACCCGGGCAGUGCAGAGUUCUUCCUACAGGAGGAGCGUCUCGGACGGCUCCGCAGCAGCUAUGAAGAACAGUGCCGGGAGCUACAGGAUCGUAUUGACGAGCUUCAAGCAGAACUGCAGGAGUACCACAACUUGGGUCGAACCUCUCAGCCCUGUCUCAAACCCUCGCUCUCCGAGGAGCUGGGGAGUACGAGUCCUGGCAUGGAGUCAGACCCAGGCCUGGGCUUGGAGGAGGGCCAGCCAUUGUUCAACAUGAGUCUGGAGGCAGAGAUGAUGCUGGAGAGGCUGAAAGAGAAGCACCUCCAAGAGAUGGAGGCGCUACAGGCUCAGCUGGAGAACAAGGUGAGUGAAUUUGACCAGAAGGUGGAGGAGCAGAAGACGGACCUGGAGACCCAGAAGGCAGCCUUGUCUCUGCACUACAUGGAGGAGAUCCAGGCUCUACACAGUGAGAUGUCCAGCAGCCAGAACAGAGCCCUGGAGCUCCAGGCCCAGCUAGAGCAGGCAGAGGAGGAGCGGGCUGGCUUGGAGCAGAGGCAGGCUGGGGAGAUGGAAGAGCUGGAGCAACAGCAAGAGGAGGAAGUGAGCAGCCUGGAGCAGCAGCUCCGGGAGGCCCGCACCCAGGCUGCCUCCCUGGGGGAGCAGCUCCGGGAGGCCCGCACCCAGGCUGCCUCCCUGGGGGAGCAGCUCCUGGAGGCCCGCACCCAGGCUGCCUCCCUGGAGGAGCAGCUCCUAGAGGCCCGCACCCAGGCUGCCUCCCUGGGGGAGCAGCUCCUGGAGUCCCGCACCCAGGCUACCUCCCUGGGGGAGCAGCUCCUGGAGUCCCGCACCCAGGCUGCCUCCCUGGAGGAGCAGCUCCUAGAGGCCCGCACCCAGGCUGCCUCCCUGGAGGAGCAGCUCCUAGAGGCCCGCACCCAGGCUGCCUCCCUGGGGGAGCAGCUCCUAGAGGCCCACACCCAGGCUGCCUCCUUGGAGGAGCAGCUCCUAGAGGCCCACACCCAGGCUGCCUCCUUGGAGGAGCAGCUCCUAGAGGCCCGCACCCAGGCUGCCUCCUUGGAGGAGCAGCUCCUAGAGGCCCGCACCCAGGCUGCCUCCUUGGAGGAGCAGCUCCUAGAGGCCCAACAGGCGAAAGGUGAGUUGGGCCUGGACACAGAGAUGCAGGAGUUAAGGAAACUACAUGCCGCGGAACUCAACAAGCUGGACGAGGAGCACAAAGAAAUCCUUUUGACCAGGAUGGAAGAAGAGCGGGGGAAGCUACAGGAGGAGAGGGCGGAGGUGGAGAUGAGGCUGUUGGAGGAGUGGGAGAGGGAGAAGCUGGUGUUGCAGCAGAGCCACGAGGAGACAGUGAAGGCUGGGAUAGAGGAGGUGGAGAUGAGACUCAUGGAGGAGUGGGAGAGGGAGAAGGCUCAGUUGAACAAGCAGAGUAAUGAGUCGCUGCAGACCAUGUUAGAGGAGGCGAUGUUACGACUAGUCAAGGAGCAGCAGAACAGGGAGGCCAGGCUCACUGAGCAGUGGGAGCUGGAACGAGCUCGGCUUCAGCAGUGUCGUGAGGCGGCUCUCCUCACCAGGUUAGCCGAGGAGCGCCUGAAGCAGCAAGAGGAGACUGAGAGGAGGCUGAGGGAGGACUGGGACAGGGAGAGACUCCAGCUGGAGGAGGAAUAUGAGGGGGUGUUUCAGGAGCGGCUGCAGGAGGAAAGGCAGAGCCUAAAGGAGGCUCACAGACGGGCCAUGCAGGAACUGAGUGCCAAACACCAUGAGGAGAAGGAACAGCUCAGCAGUCUACUGGAUAAACUGCGGGAGGACAUCGCUGAGGAGAGGUGUGAGGUGGGUCGCCUAGUAGAGGAGAACCUUUUACUCACACAGAAGAUGUCAACGCUGAAGGAAGAGUACCUGAAAGACAGCCAGAAGGAGAUGCUCUUCAAACUGGAGCAUUUCAGGAAGGAGAAGAUUUCUGCGCAAAAGAAGGCAGAGAGUUUCAAGAGACAGAUCUCAGUGCUUCGUCUCCGCAGUCAGCAGCUGGAGGAUGAGAACGGGCUGUUGUCGGAGAAGAACGCCCAGAAUGCAGCAGGAGUGGAGGGGUUGAGCCAGCAGCUGGGGGAACUGCUCAGACAGAGUGAGAGACAGGAAGCUGUCAGAGGCCAGCAACGUACUGUACCGGAGGAUGAGAGGAUGAAGAUGGCAGUGUGUGUGUCUGCCCUGGAGGCGGAGCUAACCAACGCUGUGGAAGGGACUGUACUACUAGAGGAGGGCAAGGCCCAGCUGGUGCUACAACUCAAUACCCUCAGAGAUAAGGUAGCUAAGAUGGGGGCUGUAGAGUGCCGGCUCUCCUCCCUCCUGCAGGAGCGCAAGGCUUUGGAAAAACAAACCCGGGGAUUACGUAACCAGCUAGCCAAGUCUCAGGAGAGGAACCAGGUGUUGGAGGAAAGCCUGCAGUCUGACCCCCAAAGCGCCCGUCUCAAGUCAGACCUCCGCGUGUCACAGCAAGAGAAGGACGCCCUCAAACAGGAAGUGAUGUCACUGCACAAACAGCUGCAGAGCGGCAACGACAAGAACCAGGUUCUGGAGAUGGCCCUGCACUCCAGCGGAUACCAGAGCCAGCAAAAGAAGCUGUACCAGGAUGAACUGGCCAGGCUGGUGGAACAGGAACAGCAGCAGCUGAGGCAGGAGAACGAGAGGCUGACCAUGGAGCUCCACCACACCAGGGAAAAGCUGGAGGCAGCCAUCUUAACCGUGAAGCAGCAGAAACAGCAGGGCCAGUCCAGCGUGGGGAAGACAGUGGAACAGGAGAAGACUGCUCUGAAGAGAGAGCUGGACGUGAUGCAUCAGGAGCUACUCUCUGCUCAGAACAAGGUGUGUGAGGUUCAGCGAGAGCUGGACAGUCUACGUCAGGAGAAUGAGGGGCUGAAGACACAACAGGCUCCACUACAGGCCUGGCUUCUGGAGGCCCAGCUGGGUGGUCUGCUGCCCCCCUCCCCUCGCAGGAUGCCUGGUGAGUGGAGAGGACAACACUGCGAGAACGACCGCAACCCAGAGAACAUACAGGAUGAGAGGUCGAUGAUGAUAAUGAUGAAGAUGGAGGAGCGUAUGAGGGAAAUCGAACUGUCGCUGCAUAACGUCAAGCUGCUUCUCAAAGAGAAGGUCUCUCAACUGAAAGAUCAGCACCACAAGAACGGAAAAGCUGAUUCGUUGAUCAAGGACCUGUACGUGGAGAACGCCCAGCUGCUGAAGGCCUUGGAGAUGACCGAGCGGAGACAGAAAGUAGCAGAGAAGAAGAACUAUCUACUGGAUGAGAAGAUCUCCAGCCUCAACAAGAUAGUCAGAGACCUGAGCCCCUCACCCCUACCCACAAUGCCCUACCAUUUCACCUGUUCCUCACACUCCACCUGAGCCCCUCACCCCUACCCACAAUGCCCUACCACUUGACCGGUCCCUAAGACUAUACCUCACCCCUACACCCAGUCCCCUCACCCCUACACCUAAUCCCCUACCCCCAGUUCCCUACCACUUGACCGGUCCCUAAGACUAUACCUCACCCCUACACCCAGUCCCCUAAUCCCCUACCCCCAGUUCCCUACCACUUGACCCUUUCCUAUAAUAACACAUUACAUUUUGUAGAGCGCUGUUCAUUUCCAGACGUAAAUCUCAAAACUCUUUACAGAGAAAUCAUUCAAAGAAAAAAAGCUUUAGUGAAAGGACUAAAAACAUUAGGUGAGAUGUUAAGAUGCUUUACUUUAUUAAUUCAACCAUUUAAAAACACUAAAAAACACGAACACACACAACAAAAACAAGCCAUACAUGCACAUGAGUGAAAUCAUGGAGAAUAACACACAAUAAAGUGUGGGACUUAUUUCCAUUGUGGUCCUUUAUUUAUUUUUUUUACCUUUAUUUAACUAGGCAAGUCAGUUAAGAACAAAUUCUUAUUUACAAUGACGGCCUUGUUUAGGGGCAGAACGACAGAUUUGUACCUUGUCAGCUCGGGGGUUUGAACUUGCAACCUUCCGGUUACUAGUCCAACGCUCUAACCACUAGGCUACCCUGCCGCCUCUACACUCUAACCACUAGACUACCCUGCCAUGUCCUCUUGAAACAAGUGUUUUUCUGCGUUUCUUUGGGACUGCAAGGAGUCUUUGAGCAUUUGACCGGAGUGAACCUGAAGACUGUUUGAGGCUGAGGAGUUCACUGAGUUAUUGGGGACCAGAGGCAUUGAGGGUUUUUGAAGAGUAACGGGAGGGUUUUAAAGUUGGUUUUGAAUUGGGUGGGUAGCCAGUGGAGGCUAGAAUGGGGGUGAUGGGGGCAGAUCUCCAGGUUCCUGUGCGGCGCUGUUCUGCACAAUCUGCAUCCUAUGGAUGCUUUUUGAUGGGGAGACCAUCAAGGAGGGCAUUGCAGUCAUCGAGUCGGGAGAUGACGAGGGAGAUGACGAGGGAGAUGACGAGGGAGGUGACGAGGGAGGUGACGAGGGAGGUGACGAGGGAGGUAACCAGGGAGGUAACCAGGGAGGUGACGAGGGAGGUAACAAGAGAGGUGACGAGGGAGGUAACCAGCAGGUUUGGAGAGAACAGGUGAUGUUUCUCAGGUGAAAUAAUUCUUUUUUUUUUGCAGACCUAUUUUUUUUGUCUGAGAAAGUGAGGGAUCCAGAAAGUAGGAUGGAGUGGCCGCCAAAGACUACACUCUACCUGAGCCUACCUAUGCCCUACCUGAGCCUACCUAUGCCCUACCUGAGCCUACCUAUGCCCUACCUGAGCCUACCUAUGCCCUACCUGAGCCUACCUAUGCCCUACCUGAGCCUACCUAUGCCCUACCUGAGCCCACCUAUGCCCUACCUGAGCCCUACCUGAGCCUACCUAUGCCCUACCUGAGCCUACCUGUGCCCUACCUCCAGUCCCCUAGCAUUUCGCUACAAUCGUAAUAACAUCUGCUUUCCAUGUGUAUGUGACCAAUAAAAUUUGAUUUAUUACCUAUCAACUGGUCUUAUUGUAGCAGCCAGGUGUGUGCGAGACAGGUGUGUGCGAGACAGGUGUGUGCGAGACAUGUGUGUGCGAGACAGGUGU